AUGGCGCCCCACUCUGUAGGUCCUGAACCUGAAGAGUUAUCUCGUGCCAUCAGCGAGCUCGAUUUAUCCAGUCUACGAGGUAUUGACGGAGCUACUGAUGGAGAUGGAUUAAAGAAGAGCAAGCGUUAUACUAGGGAUCAGUUGUUGAGUCUAAAAUCAAAAUCUAGCUCGAGCGACGAUUCAGGUAUUGUUAUCAAUGUUGCUGAGAUCGCGACUGGUUCGAAGACACCACCGGCUCCUCCAAGAGUUCCACCUCCUACCCCAGACCACUUGUCAGCUACCCCCGCUUCUGGCACCGGCACUCCUGUAGCUCGACUCCCUGUUACUCCCGAAGAGCCCGAGAAGCAGGAAGAAGGCGCAGUCAAUCCAGGAGGCGCAGAAGGUAGUACGCAAGUUGCUGAAGGUAAAGAGGGUGAACCCAAGAAAAAGAAGAAGAGGAGUAGUGGAAAGAAUAAAAAGGCAGCUCCAACAGGAUUUGAAGAAUUUUAUGCCGACCCACCUCUCACCCCGGAUGAAUUUGAAGAGGAAUGUGAUGUUUACGAUGAAGACCGACCAUUUGAUGAGCGAAUUCAGACAUGCAUUCAACGCUACAGAGCACGACGCAAGCUUGAUAGCGUUCGCUCGAAUAUCCUGACAAAGUACUUUGCUUUGGGAGGAAUCGAAUCUGGCACUAAAACUUUCAAUGGUGGUCUAGAUAAAGAAACUUUAGAGAACAGCACUGCAGCAGAGAUUGCCGCCAUUCAAGCCACAGAUUUUGUCCGAUCUAGCAAUAACAAAUACUAUGACCCCUCAGAUACCGAAAAUUGGGUUGUGGACUGGGAGGGAAUUGUCAGAGGCUUUCUUUCUUACAGAGCACACAAAAUCCUCGGUGAUGGGGAAGAGGAGAUGAAGAUGUAUUGCGCAGUGCUUAGGAACUUCCUAAACUAUGUCUUGGCUCAUGAGGUAUGUAAAGAAUAUACCAAAGAAGUCAUGGCCGCAAGAAAGCUAUGUGAUACAGCUGAGAAAGAAUACACAUCAAUCCGGCAACUCCAACGCAUGCUUCCUGGCGACUUCAACACGGCCGCAUCAACGCUGUAUGGCGUAACCUACAAGCAUCACAUGGAGGUUUACACAGCAUGGUCGGAUAUUGAUGACAUCUCAAUGCAAUGGUCUACCAACAUUGUCCUACUCAGUUUGCCUCUUUCUGAGUUUGUUUUCAAAGGAGCUGUAGCCUUCAUUGGUAACAAAAGCCACUUUGAGCAAGCCAAGAAGGGUGAUACUCAUGUCGUGAAGGCUGAAAGCAAGUUCAUCGAGGUAACAGAAGUACAUCGUGCUUCCGCAGACAUCAUCGAAGAAUUUUCUCAUGUCAAAGAUCCUCGAGGACUUGGUGCUCUAAAGCCAAUCGGAAAACUUUUUUGCAAAUACUGGGAGGGUCCUGGCAUUGACUAUGAAGACAAGACGGACGAUGGAAAUGUUGAAGGUGUCGAUGAUUGCGUCGAAGAGUUCUGGCUCGAAGAUCAACUCUUACAACAUUGCUACCCAGGUCUCAAACUUGAAGUAGACGUUCAUGAGCUCAACAUUGGUGUCAAAUAUUUCGAUCAAGUCAAGGAAGUCUAUCCCUCGUUCUACCUUUAUCUUUCUAAUGAAAAGAUGAUGGGUUGGAAAGAACCUGUUCCAAAUGAGAGACUACCACCAACCGAAGAAGAUCCUGAUGCUGAGGAACAAGCCAUGGACGAUAUUGCGAGGGAUGAAGCUGAUGAGUUUUAG